CGAUGCACCGCUUAUAUUCAACAAAAAGACAAAAAUGAACUAUUUUCGCGUUGUUUUGGUGGACUAGUUAAUCAGGCAGUGCUUGUCAGUUGGCCGUAAAGCAGGAGGCAGCGGUCAUUUUUACGACUGCGAUGUGAUGUUAUCGUAACGUCAGAAAAUGUGUCGGUAAAUAAAGGUUUAACUUUGACUGGUAAUGUCGAGAACAAUUCGAUUGCUCUUCUUUUCCUCUAUAUUUGCGGUUGUUAUGUGUGUAUAAGAUAAUUGAAUAAUAGAACACGGCUUGAUGAACAAUUCUAGCAAAGAUGUCAAUAGAUAGUGACAUAGCUAAAGCUAACUAGCUAGCUGUUGUUAGCUGUAUUCUUACAUUGUGCAAAGAAAAGCUCUCUUUAGCGUAACGAAAUUUAUCCACCGAUAUUUUACUAGGUGACCAUAUGCAUUAAACUGCAGCCUGGGCUGCGUGUUGGGUCAGUGUGUUGCCUUGGCACUGACAGCUCGAUUCAUGUAAAAUGUCAGCGCAAAAAGACUGCGAGUUUUUGGUGAAAAGAGCCCGGGAGCUGGUCUCUGAUGAUCCCUGUGCGGCCAAAGCCUGGCUCAUAACAGCCAGGACCCUAUACCCUGCAGACUUCAACAUACAGUAUGAAAUGUACAUCAUUGAACGCAAUGCAGAGAGGACCGCUUCUGCUGGGAGACUCCUGUAUGACAUGUUUAUAAACUUCCCAGAUCAGCCCACUGUUUGGCGGGAGAUCAGCGUCAUUACAGCUGCCCUGCGCAGUGACUCUCAGGACAAGCAUGCACAGUUUCUGCGAGGGCUCUUUGAGACACUGCCAGGCCGUGUACAGUGUGAAAUGCUGCUGAAAGCCACAGAGCAGUGUUUCAACACUUUGGAGAAGGCAGAGAUGCUGCUGCUCCUUCUGAAACGCUUUCCAGAGUCUGUGGUCCAGCACGGGGUCAAUUUAGGAGAGACAUUGUUGGAGGCAGAGGUGUCGGAGAACGUGGAGACUCCUGUCAACUGCUUCAGAAAACUCUUUGUGUGUGAUGUCCUUCCUUUGGUCAUUAACAACAUGGACAUGCGCUUGCCAGCCAGCCUGAUGCAGAAGUACAUGCUGAAAGCAGCUGAAUUCUAUAUUGGUUAUGUUACUCGUGGACCCUCCCCUGAUGUACAGAUACAAGGCUCUCAAGAAGCUGGGUCUCUGAAGUCACCUAAUGUGUCCCGUGGCUCCCAGCGUUAUGUGAUUGAUGGCCUGUCGGAAAAGUCUUCAGUAGUAGCAGAGCCUUGGGAGAGGCUGUUGGAUAUCCUGGCUGUGGUUGGAGCUCGCUGCGAGUGGCAGGGAGACAAGGGACAGAGAAGUUACGUGGACAUGCUGCUGAGACUGAAGGAGCUGUGUCGCUACCUGCCUGGUCUGGAAGGAGACACGCGGUCCCGCUGCUGCAGUCAAGUCGUCAUCUGUGCUGCGCUCGUCCUCUUCCGCAGCGCCUUUCUCUAUAUGUCAUCUGUACAGCCUGCACUAUUCCAGGGUGUGAAUGCGCUGAGUUCGGGGCCGUGGAUCCUCGUAGAGGAUUUGAGCUCAGUGUACAACGAUGUGGAGGUGGAGAGGGGAGCAGUGAAGCAUGCACAUAAGAAACGUAAACUGGCUGAUGGGAGAGAGAAGACUAUGAGCUCAGAUGAUGAGGACGGGUUGGGGAAAGGCCGCGGUCGACACAUUUUAGUGAACAAGACUGAGAUGCCCAGUUGGUCCGAGACUCUGGAGAAUUUCCGCACAGCGAGGGAGAGCUGGGAUCUCCUUCACUCCCACGACGGCCUGGAAACUGAGUUCAAGAAGAUCUGUGCCUCAUGGAAGACGGACGGCUGGCUGUGGUUCAGAAUAUUCCUCACUGACAUGAUCAUAUACCAGGGACAGUACCGUAAGGCCCUCUCCAGCCUGCACCAGAUGGCUGCAGUGCUGCAGCCUCAGCCUGGGCAGCAGAGCCCCUCAGGUCAGGCCAGUCUGGAGCACCACAGGGCCCUCAUACAGCAGGCCUCCUGCCACUAUGCACUGGGAGAGUACAGGAUGGCCUGUGAGAAGCUGCUCGAUGUUGUUGGUGGGCUGGUACCCCCAAACCAAGAACCAACAAAGACUCCAGAAGAUCAGGGUAGAGUCAAGACCAAAACGAGGAAAGGUAAUGACCUGAGAUUGCUUCCCUGCACCAGCAAAGCUGUGUUGCCUUUCUGUCUCCAGCUCAUGCUGGCCUGCUUCAAGCUUCGUGCCUUCACAGACAACCGUGACGACCUGUCCCUCGGUCACGUGGUGGUGCUUCUGCAGCACGACUGGCCACACGGCGAGAUGCUGUUUUUAAAGGCAGUGGAUAAAAUCUGUCAGCAAGGCAGUUUCCAGUAUGAGAAUUUCUUCAACUAUGUCACCAACAUUGACAUGCUGGAGGAGUUUGCAUACCUGCGUACUCCAGAAGGAGGGAGGAUUCAACUGGAGCUGCUCCCCAAUCAGGGAAUGCUGAUCAAGAACCCUAGUCCCGCCCUGGGGGUGGAGUUAAAUACCCUUCUGCUACAAGGGGUGCAAGCGAUGGACAGACACCACACAGUGACUCGUGGAAUCACCAAAGGAGUGAAAGAGGAUUUCCGUCUGGCCAUGGAGAGGCAGGUGUCGCGCUGUGGAGAGAACCUGCUGAAUGUGCUUCAUCGUUUCUGCAUCAAUGAGAAAAUCAUCAUCAUACAGUCUCUUCCUUGACAACUGGCCUGUGGAUUUUGAACCUUUUCAUUAUUGAUAUUCCAGGCACAGUUUUAAUGCAGCUGGACUGACCUUAUGACCCCAACGGCUGUUGCUCUCUUAACACAGGACACAUCAUUUCUAGCUCUUUUGUCUUUUUCAUCCAUCAUUGAACUCGUAGGAAAAGAAAACGUUUUCUUGCGUUAAAAGUGGAUCUCUAUCUUCAGAGAGAUGGAGAGAAUACAGGUUUUCGGUGCUCAUGCAUUUUUCAUAGUGUGUGCAUAGUUUUCUUCUUAGGUGUUAACCACGAUAUGGGUUAUUCAUAUUGUGAUAUUUUGUGGAUGUCAGUGUUGACAAAAGAAUCAAAUGCAUUUUUGAUAUUCUUGCUUUAUUGUUUUUGUUACAAACUUGAUCAACUUAUUAGUUUCUAUAAAUGUUACUAUUAAAUGUCAUUUGAAUGGAUCAAAGAA